AUGUUCACGUCGUUAAAAUUAACAUCAAAUUUGAAGUAUUUUCUGAACAAAAAUUAUCAACUGUUGAGUUAUCAAAAUAGUUUGAUCAGUGUUAUAAAUACUGAUAACCAAAUUCGGUAUAAAUCUUAUAAACGUUUUUUAGACUACACAAAUGUUCCUAAACUCGAAGAAAGCGACUUGGAAGAACAGUUUGUAAAAGGAAGUGGACCCGGUGGUCAAGCAACAAACAAAACAUCAAAUGCAGUAGUUAUAAAACACAAACCCACAGGAUUGACUGUUAAGUGCCAUGAAACCAGAAGUUUAGAUAAAAAUAGAAAAAUUGCUAGAGAAUUGCUUUUAACAAAAUUGGACAAUUUAAUCAACGGGGAGAGGUCUCUCCAAAAUCAAGAACUGCAGCUGCAACAAAAAGACUCUUUGAAGAGGAAACAAAAACAGAAGAAGUUAGCACGUUUAAAAGAAGAAUUCCAAAAACGUGAAAACAUCAAAUGA